AGUGGCUGGGUGGUGCUUAGUUGCCAGCUGCAGCUAAACCACAACACCUGGGUAGAUUGUAAUUGAUUAAAUCUUAACCUUCUUUCUGGUAACUUAGCAAAAAAAAAAAUUUCCUGUGAUAACUUAUUUUUCGGUUUUCUAAUUAGCCGUCUUGUUCUUCUCCAAGCCUGCUCUAAUCUUUUGACAUCCUACUUGAAGUUCUGACUCUGAAAAUACAUACAGUCCUUUAGUAACCAGUCUUCUUCAUAGGUACUAACUAAAGAAGUCAGGUUAUCGUUCUUGUGUUGGGUAUGCCCUUAUCCCUGUUUGCCAUUGCGUUUCAGCUCGGAGCUCAUAUUCAGGUAACUAUCUACCAUGAUACUGACAUGAUACAGUCUUUCCGUUUCUUAGAAAUGCAGUCCAGCAUCCUUUAUCCAUCAGUUAUAUUGCUCAUUCCUAAAUGUGUUACCCUCCAUAAGACUUGAUGGAAAGUACCUGUUUGCAGCCGGGCUGUCUUUUGCUGUCCCAGUGGUCUAUUCCUUCCAUUCUCGUUCUUCCAGUCUGUAACUCACUUCCAAGCAACUGACUUUUCUUUUGUUGAAUUGAGAACUGCUUUGUGUGUGAUUUGCAUGAGUAGUGCAGCUGCUGCUGAUAGUUCUCUGUAAUGCAUUCUAAAGCCUUAUGUAGCUGUUUAAAGUACUUUUAGUAUAUCUUAUUUUGGUGGGUUUUUUAUUCAUUAUGCAAGGUACAUUCUGAUGUUACAUUGAGUAUUUGAUGCAAGCUGUAGUUUAAUGACUUUUAAAAAAUUAUUUUCACUAAUGAAAUGUAUAUUCUUACCAAAAAAGGUCCAGUCAGGCAAGUUUUUUUUAACACUUAAUCUACAUUUUCACCCUCGUUUAUUUCUUUGUGAUGAUCUCAGAUAAGCUAUUCCAUUUCUUUUUGUGCCUGCCUGACAGCAUUCAGUUUCCCCCUUGCUCCUUCCUCCCCCCCGCCUUUUUUUUUACAUUUCAGUAUUUUAAAAACAAUUCAGUUUUAAAGUAGUUCACUAAUGUUUCAAAACUUCCUAAAAAUUGAUACAAAUAAAUAGUCCAGAAUCUUUGGUCAGCUCUUUUAAAAAUGUCUAAUAUUUACAUUUACUUCUUGGAAUGGAAUACUUUUAGUAUUAUAGUGCUAAUGCAGACACAUUUUUCAGUUGAUUUUUUUUUUUCCUCCCACAGAGUUUCUCUUUCAUAUGGUUUACUGGAUGGAUCUGCUCAGGGAAUGAGUGAGGAGUGUGUGAUGAAAGAGGGCAGUUGUUUGUAGGACCUCUUCAAAUCCUUGAAGAAAGGAAGGUGUAUAAUGAAUUAAGUGAAGAUUGUAGGAAGAAAAAAAAGUGGCCUCAUGCUUGAGGCAGUUGAAUACCACUCUGACAAAGUGAGUUUGAUGUUUGUGUUUAUUUUGGGGGUCACGCUUUUUACAGGUUCUCCUUGCAUAGAUUAUGAGUGAAAAUUUGUAGUCAGAGGAGCAGAUGUGCAGGAUGCUCAUAGCUGCAGCUGAAGUCUGCUCUGAACAGAUAAUUUUGAAUAGUCAGGCUAUGUAGCAUUUUUAGAUGUUUCAAGAGUUGUGUUUGUAAUUAGCUGGCCGCCCUGGCCUUAAUCUCCUUGCCUCAGUAAAUCUCUUGACCUUUAUUUUAUUGGUAAGGGAAGUGGGAUAAUCCACAGCGGCAUUGUGAAAAAGCAUUCUAAUGUCACAGUAAUGAACACCUUGGAAAGCUGAUUACCAAGGCAAUUUUCAGAUUGAGGUUUGGGUUGUGUGUGUAUGACUCUGUAUUGAGCAAAGAGAAUAAAAUAAAUCUUUGAAUCACUGCUCAGUCACUGGAAAUGAGAAAUGCCUUGUAUGAAAAUCUCAUGCCGUUAGGUAAUUAAAAACUAUAUGUUAAAAUGCACGAGUGGUCUGACAAAGCUGUCAGCCUCAAUUGUCAAUUAAUAAAUUUUUAGUCCCCUACUUUGGACAUCUAAAGUUCUUUUCCAGGAGAUUUUUUGUGGAAUAGCCAAGUUAACAACAGUUCUGUUAGUAAAAGGGUUCUUCGCUGUUUCUUAGGUCUGGUAUUUCAGUAGCUUUCAGGUCCUUGCUGUAAUGUGAAACUGGGAUUAGAUGUGCCCUUGCCUUUGCUCUAACCUGUUAAUUGCAAAGCAUAUCUGUCUGAAAUGUGUUAUGCUCCUAGCAGAUGUUUUUGCAGCAGAAAAAUAUGCACGUUCCUUCUGUGCUGAGCAUCCUGAGAGAGGAACUCCAUAUCUUGUCUACUCUGAUCACCUUCCUUCCUUCAUCCUACUGAAGCUGCCCCUUCAAUGACUGCACUGAGCCAAAGGACUCGGGGAAGGGGAAGAGGAGGAAUGUUUCUUGUUCCAGUUCUCUUCCUCCCAAGUGUUUUUCUUUGAGUAUGGCUCUUUUCUCAGUUCUCUUCAGUGGCUGAAGUUAAGCAUAAAAAGAUUUCCAUUUCUUCACAUAUUGUCUUCCUUCUGGUGUCUAAACCAUUUUAUGCCUGCUUCUGAGGGGAGAAAGCAAGAUACUGAAGUGCUUUUCCUCACGCCAAGAAAGCAGUGCAACUUCAGUAGGGGAAAAACUAUGGGUGUAAAGGAGUUAGAGAUGUAGAAAGCAAGGGAGGAAGAAUAAGAAGGAAGAAAACAAUGUUUUGUGAUGAGAAGAUUGCAUGUGCAUGAAGACUUACUAGAGGGGUUUGUGCUUGCUCAAACUUGAGUUACUAUACUUGGCUCAGUAGUUGCUCUGGUACUGGGUUAGAAAUACUGUAGUGGAGGCUUUGAGGGGGAGAAAGGAAGGGUGACUAAUACAGAUUUUCCAGAAGAUGAGAUGCAAACCCUGAGUUUUCUUCAUGUUUGGAAUUUUCAAGAGGAUCACAGAGCUUCUUUGUAAUAGGCAUCGUUGAAGUAUAUUCAGAAAACAGUCCCAAAUAGUUUUCUACAAGUCUGCUUAUAUGUCACUGCGCCAUGAGUGUAGGGAUUAUCUUUAAAGUAGAGGGAACUGCUGUGCAACCGCAUAUAUGUUCUACCAUCAAUGCUUCCCUCUUUACACACUUAGCAGGUAUCAGAAUAAAGUGAGCAUACCCAGUGACAACACACAAGUUUAUCUUUUGUGGCAACAGAACCAAGGCGUGCACCUCUCCUCAACAGUCUGGUGCCUGAAUUUAUUAUGUAAUGACCUCUCCGCUCACCUACCUAUGCUCUACUGCUGAGGACAUGUCUGCCCAGUUGCUCGGAUAGCUAAGGUGAAUGGAAGAAUCGUGUUUAUGGGUGUGCUUUCUGGACCAAACAGCACCUUCCCCGCUGGUUCCAGCCAUCACUGUCUACCACGUGUGUUCCUGCCUGGACUGAUGAGGCUGUUGCUUUAUUUGCCUUGGUGAAUGGGGAGCACACGUUGUUCCAGUUGGGAAGUGUGCACCAGACUGGAAGGAAGUUCAAAUUUCCAUAUGGUUGAGCUGGUCUGUUACUGAAUAAAUGUCAGCAUAAAAUGUUGGUGAGGAAUGGUAACAAAACAAUAAAAAAGUGUUGCUAUCAUCUUCCCCCACCCCAAACCUCCGACGAACUAGAUUCUGGCAACGUUUGGUCUAAAUUAGUCCUAAACACUUGGGAGAGCUAUCAGCCAAGGGCUAGUAACCUUGGUCAUCUUAAGAGGUAGAAGGAUGUCACUGGCCUGUGUGCUCAGAUGGCUGCUUGAUACUCAUUCCGUUGUCUUGGAGGCCACCAGUCAGGACCUGUUCCAGAGGCAGACACUAGGACAUACCUGCCUCAGUGAAGAGGAUGAUGGGGACAACAGGCUUAGAUGAGGACUCCUCAGCUGGUAUUGAGAACCUGCCAUUUGAAUUGCAGAGAAACUUCCAGCUCAUGCGAGAUCUGGAUCAGAGGACGGAAGACCUCAAGUCAGAGAUCGAUAAGUUGGCCACGGAGUAUAUCAGCAAUGCACGGACUUUGUCUUCGGAGGAAAAACUGGGGCUUCUCAAGCAAAUCCAGGAGGCCUAUGGGAAAUGCAAGGAGUUUGGGGACGACAAGGUUCAGCUGGCUAUGCAGACCUACGAGAUGGUUGAUAAGCACAUCCGGCGGCUGGACACAGACCUCGCUCGCUUUGAAGCAGACCUGAAGGAGAAGCAGAUAGAGUCAAGUGACUAUGACAGUUCUUCCAGCAAGGGCAAGAAGAAGGGCCGAGCCCAAAAAGAGAAGAAAGCUGCCCGUGCUCGCUCUAAAGGGAAGAAUUCUGAUGAGGAGGCACCAAAAACUGCCCAAAAGAAAUUGAAGCUUGUCCGCACUAGCACAGAGUAUGGGAUGCCUUCGGUCACCUUUGGAAAUGUGCACCCUUCAGAUGUAUUGGAUAUGCCCGUGGACCCCAAUGAGCCUACUUACUGCCUCUGCCACCAGGUCUCCUAUGGGGAGAUGAUUGGCUGUGACAACCCAGAUUGUUCCAUUGAAUGGUUUCAUUUUGCCUGUGUGGGUCUGACAACAAAACCAAGAGGAAAAUGGUUCUGCCCUCGCUGCUCCCAGGAGAGGAAGAAGAAGUAAAAUCCCGUGAGCCCUCAGUACUGCUGCAGGAGCUCUCUUCCCCCUGCCAGGGCCUCAUCACAGCUCCCCCAGCCCUUGGGGCCUUGGCUGGGGGGAGUCUUGCCCUGUUUGUGGUUUGGGCCAUCCCUGGAAUGGUGUGUACCCUCACGGUGGUUCCUGUGUGUUCUGUAUCCCUGGUUGCUUCCGAAUCCCUAAGGGAGACCCUCUCUGUGUACUAUUCCAAACAGGUCUCUGAACCUCAAAGGGAAUGAAUGAGGGCACCAGGGUAGCCACCAGAUUCCCAGGGAUUCAGGUAGCCCCUGAUUUUCCUUGGCUUUCCUUCAGCCUCCUCAGAGUUCAUUGCCUACUCUCUGCUUAGAGAACAAGGCUAUGGGAUGGGGGAAGGAAAGGAGGUAAGUCUUCAGCAUUUUAGGUCUUUGAUUUUCCUGGAUCUUUCUCAGGAGAGAGGGAGUAACCAGGCCACUUCUUAAUCUAGUGGGCUGGUUGAGAGACUUAAAGCCUAAUGUACUCCCUGUCUUUAACCAUUCCACUACUGGCAUUGAGCAGCCUCUUUUUUUGGGUGAGAGGAGGAGAAGGGAGGAGCAUUUAGAGCUAGCUUUGUCUCUCUUGUUCCUGGGGUAAACCUGCUGGUCUGGGAAGCACAUUGUGUGAAGGAGGAAGAAUUUCUGACCACGUGGGGAGAAAUGGCUUGACCUAGCCUGCCUUCUGGCUCCAAAAUUCUCCCUCCCUUUUGUGCAGUGGGGCUUCUCCAUUAUGUUGAUGAUGGGAAGUUUUGGGGAUUCAGAUCCCACUUGUAUAA